AUGCGUGGUACCCGCAUUGUUCGGUGCGCUGCUGGGCUUAGCCUGGCGCUGCCAAGGUGGAGACGGCAGGAAGUUGGGGCCCCAAGCACGCAUGCAUGGCGCAUGUUCUUUACCAGCGACUCGGUUCCGGUGACGGAGGCACGGACGGAACCCGCGAUGCCGACGACGGGGAUGCGCUCUGCGUGGCAUGAUCUCAGCCUGCAUCCUGCCGCGGAUCCAUCCAUCGUCACGUUUGUCUGUGAGAUCCCAAAGGGAACUCGGGCGAAGGUGGAGUUGCAGAAGGAGGAACCGCACAACCCCUUUGCACAGGAUGUUCACAAAAAGAAGGAGGGGAAACCGCUGCGUUUUUACACGUACGGUGACAUUCCGUUCAACUACGGCUUUGCUCCACAAACAUGGGAGGAUCCGUUGUUGGUGGACGCGGACACAAAAUGCACUGGCGACGGAGAUCCCAUAGACAUUGUGGAAGUCUCCGAUUCCCCUCUCCCUAUGGGCUCGAUUUGGGCUGUGCGCGUGCUUGGCGUGUUGGGGCUUAUUGAUGAGGGUGAGACGGACUGGAAAAUCAUAGCGGAAACGCUGCGACCUGAGGGCAAAAUGUACGAAAGCCUUGAUAAAAUUCCCCAAGAACUGAGGGACACGAUUGUGCGGUGGAUGCGUGAUUACAAGACAACUGAUGGAAAGAAGCGGAAUGAGUUGGCGUUUAAUGGUGAACUGCGUGGAGCCGAGGAGGCCUUACACGUGAUUAGGGCGUGCUCACGCCAGUACGCCACUCUUAUCGAUGGCAACGCUCAAAACCCCGGCUAUUGGCUGCGUUAUUGCCAGGAUGCGUGA